CAUUCUUAUUACAGGAUCGCCCAAAUUCAACUCCAGAAUUUCUUGCCCAUCUAUCCUUGGUACCUGCUUUUUGACCUGUGGCGGACAGUAUUCUUCAUCAGUCACAUAUCCGUUUUUCGACGACGUGGUCAACGAAUCCCAAAAUGCGGUAUGAUUCGCUUCUCGCCUUGGGUGUCUUGACGGCAUCCAUGUUGUCGGUCAUGUCCUCAUCGACCAAGAAGACAUGCUAUAGCAUGAACGGCGAGGUGCUUGACAGCGUGUAUCAGCCGUGUAAUCCGGACGCCGAGUUCAGCGCUUGCUGUGAGCUCAAUGGUACAUCUGGACAGAAUGACAUGUGCAUGGACUCGGGUCUGUGCAUGUCGACGUCCGGCUGGUACAGCACCUUUCUCUAUUCCAAUGGGUGUACCGACCCGACUGGCAAGGCCAAAGCUUGCCCCCAGGCAUGCUCGUUCAUGCCUACCGGAUACUCGUACAAUGUUCUGCAGUGCAAUGCCAACAAUGGGUCUUUCUGCUGUCGUGCAGGAGGAGAUGAGACCAACUGCUGUAACGACACAGCGAGCUCCUUUCAAGCCGACGUGACCAUCGGGCAAAUCCUCCUGCCCGGUACUAGUGAAACAGUGAACACGACCUAUAGCACCAUCAUUCAAACCCCGUCGAAGGACAAGACCGCGGUCGUUGGGGGCGUGCUUGGAGCUGUACUUGGAGCCGCACUCAUUGCCUCUCUUCUUGCCUUGUGGUACCUAAUGCGAAGCCGAAAGUCGCUGAAAUACAGCUAUAUCAGUCUUCAAAAUGAAAGGGAUACAGCCUUGCAGCAAGGUGCCAGUGAAAAAGCAGCUCUCCAACAUCAAAUCGAACAACAGCAAUUACAGUACCAGCAAUACCAGCAACAACACUUCCAAUGCAGUCUUACCCGUCAGAAGUCUCUUCGAUCCCGAGACCGGUCGAGAUGGAUGCAAUGAGAGGUGCAAGCGAGCUUUCGGAUGAGACUGCCUCUCAUCAAGUGGAGAGGAUCGAGGAAAAACCGAACAAGAAAUGAUUGAGUAACACUUAUUCAGUCGCUUUAGGGAACGAUGCCAGGACUUGAUCGAACUUUGUAGGAAUUUGUGGCCAG